AUGGCAGCCCGCUCUACGCGUUCCUUGACAGAGCGCCAGAUUACCCAUAUAUUGUCGGUGUGCUCGGACGCCAUACCUGCCGAGCUACCUGAAUCGGGGAUUGCCCACAAGCGUAUUCCAGUGGAAGACGUUGACUAUGCCGAUCUCUUGAUUCACCUACCUCGAGCUUGUCAGUUUAUCGAACAGGCCAUUAGGUCGGGUGGUGUUGUGCUGGUCCAUUGUGGCCAAGGACUUUCCAGAAGUGCCGCUGUUGUAUGCGCUUACAUCAUGUGGUCCAGACGUGUCAACGCCACCCAAGCCAUGCAAUUUGUCCGCUCUGCUAGAGACCAGAUCUGGAUCAAUCCGGGCUUCCAUGAACAGCUGGUCCUGUUUGAACUGUGCGACUACAACCCCACCCCGAAUAAUGGGUUCUAUCAAAAAUGGCGACAUUCUGUCAACUCUAGACUGAGAGCAGCUGGUCUGUUGGGUUGA